UAUUCGCAAGUAAAAGGCACGGAAAUUUAUUUCGCCCAGAAUUAUUCCUAUCCCAUGGUGGAGUGGGGCUCCCAAUGAGCACGAUUUUGUUGAAGAGUCGGCUUAGAGGAGAAAAAGUUGUAUGUUGGCAAAGGCUAUGCAAAAGGCAGUUGGCAACCUCCUCCAGGGUGCCACCGCGACUCUUUAAUUCACACUUGCUGCAAAGGGAAUCCCCCAAGAUGACGAAUAGGAUUCCCCAAGACUUUGAUUACUUUCUUGUUUUAGACUUUGAGGCAACAUGUGACCAGGAUAAAUUAAUUCAGCCACAGGAAAUAAUUGAGUUCCCAGUGUUGAAAAUAAAUGCAAGCUCAUUUGAAACAGAAUCAAUUUUCCAUGAGUUUAUAAAACCCUUUCACAACCCAAAGCUGACAGACUUUUGCAUAAGACUAACGACUAUUUCACAAGCUGAGGUGGACAAUGGCAAGCCAUUUCGCACAGUGAUGCACUUGUUUGACACUUGGAUCAAGGAGGAAGUUGGUCUAGACAAAAACUUCCUCUUUGUCACAUGUGGAGACUGGGACCUUAAGACUAUGUUGCCAAGCCAGUGCCAGAAAGAGAACAUCCAGGUACCUAAUUAUUGCAAGAAGUGGCAUAAUAUUAAAAAGGUACUGUGUAAUUUUUUUUGAGUGGUCCAGUAUUUU